AUGAAUGAUGCUGCCAAAGUUCCCUUCAAAGCCAAGGAAAAACAGAAGAUGCAGCCUACUACGGAUCAGACUAACUGGAAAGAAAAGCCGAAAGUCUAUGUGAAAAGGGAAGCUCCACAGAAAUUGGAUUCCAAUGCUACUUCAUCAGGAUUAUCGACGAAGGAGAAGCUUGAAACCCCAACUGAUAUCGCGGAUCAAAGUCCUUUAGUUCUGUCAUUUGGAAAGCGGCGGGUCUCCAAAGAACAACUGGCUACAAUUCUGGAGAAUAAUAAAGAAGAAGGCAGGUCUGAGUCUUGGGAUGUAGACUUGUCCGCGCGUUUUGCUGUGUUGGAGGAAUUGCGGGAUGAAAAUGAAGAUACAGAGCAGUCAUUGGAGAAUAUAAUCACUGAGGAUAAUGUUGAAGUAGAUCCGGCUACUGAACUGGUGGAAUCUGAAGAUGAAACGGAAUCGGAGGUGGAUGAAACCAUUACGGAAGGAGUUUCAGUUUGGCUGUCUCAAAAGUUUGCAGAUGGGGCAAGAGCAAAGCAUGCCACUGCGAUAAUACGUACUCUUACCCAUGGUGAAUACAAAAAUGCGAGGAUGGUUGUUUCUGAUGAAGAGGGUCAUAAUAAGGGGAAACCGGGAAGGCCGAAAGAGCCUAUGUUGCAAGAUUCAAAAAUAGAAGAUUUGAAAAAUACUUGGCGUUUUAAGGAUGCUUAUGUCUCUGUAACUGGAAAGAUAUGGGUUCUUUGUUCGUCAGAAUGGUCGACUAAAGUGAUUGGAGGAUCAGAACAAGUUCUUCAUCUUGAAGUCGAGAAUCACAAAAUAGGGAAAACGGUACUAGUAUCAGUGGUUUAUGCAAAGUCACUGUGUCAAGAGCGACAAUGUUUGUGGUCGGAAUUACAUAAUUUUCAUGAUAAAUAUGAUGGACUGCUAUGGAUGGUUGGUGGCGAUUUUAAUGUGAUAAGGAAUAUGGACGAGUACGAAAGAGCUUCACAGCCGGAUGGGCAAUGGAAGACUUCAAUUUAUGGAUUACUUGCUGCAGUUUGA